GGAACCUCUUGGGCUCUUGCCCAGUGGAAAUGUGCCGUUCCACAUGUCCGCAAAUGUUCGUUGCGUGACGAAGUAGAUUUUUGAACAAAGGAAAUGGAAAUGAUAUCUCGUUUCUUGUUUCAUGAAGCAUUUUUUUUCUCUCUUCGUUAGGAUUCCAGGAUCCAAAUACUGCCUCUACCUGGGAAAUCAAGCCUGAAUAAUUCUUUGCUAGACACGUUUCCAGGAAAGCAGUUAGAAGACCUGAUGUAUUCGCUCUUGGGUAAUUGGUAUAAUCUUGAAAUAUUAACUCUAGCUAAGAACUCUUAAAUGUUAUCAUGCACUAUUUUUUGCUUUGAACAUAAUUUUGUUUUGUUUAAAAAUUUUAUAACCCGAAUUUAUUCUACAAAAAAGGAUGAUAGGAGGAGUACUUGCGGGGAUUUAGCUGCUUCGUCUUGUAUUCCAGGUUUCCUUGAGUUGGCUUUAAAUUUGGAUUUUUCACUACUUUUGUCUGAAGUGAAAACACCGAGGAAAAUACCGUUUUGAAACCUGUUUUAACGGACUAAUCGUACAUUCUAAAUAGAAAUUCGCAAAUGGGUGUAACUCACCUUUCUCAUCUUAAAAACUGGUUACCCCAAGUAUCAAACGUGCCAGUUGCAAUUGCGAAUAUAGCGGCUCUUGCACUUUCUAGAAUGACCUACCAGUAUACAAUUUUUAACAGCGUUCAAGAGAGAAGUUUAUGAACCCCAUGCAAAAGAAAGUAUCGCUUCAAAGACGCUUGAUUGCUUCUUUGAUGAACAACUCUUAGCCCUGCGGUUCGUUUUAGGGCAAGCAGUAUGUUAGUGUGGAGCUUUUGCGUGUCUUUGUGCAUUGUAGGAUUGCUCCUUAUACUCGCCUACACAGGAUGGUGGAUCUACAUCCAUACUUCACCUUUCCACGUCGCAAUCAAUCGGAUUCCCGGACCCAAAUACCUGCCUCUAAUUGGAAACUCUUUGGAGAUGUUCGGAGGAUUAGAUCAUUUAAUCAGUUUAUUUCACGUGACAUUUGUUGAAAAAUAUGGAGAAAUCUAUCGUGCUUUUGCGGGAAGAAAUUGCUACGUUUGCAUUUCAUCGCCUGAGCUGCUGAAGGAGGUUUUCACUAGUCAGAAGAUUAUUGAUAAAGGUGUGUCUUACGAUCAAUUGGCUCCAUGGUUGGGGCAAGGACUUCUACUAAGCUCCGGUGAUUUGUGGAGAUCGCGACGGAAGUUGUUGACGCCAGCCUUUCACUUUUCAAUUCUGAAUACCUUUGUCGAAGUAUUUAACGAGCAGAGUCGCGUCCUUUGUGGAAUUAUUGGGGACAUCUGCCAAUCGUUUGCGGAUGGAAAAAGCGAAAUGGACGUGUAUCCAUUCCUUGCAAAGUGUUCGCUAGAUGUUAUUUGUGAAGUGGCGAUGGGUACCAAAAUCAACGCACAAACGGAUGAUUCUGAUUAUUAUAAGGCAGUUUGCAGAAUGGGGCAAGUAAUGAUAACAAAAUUCCAGAAGCCAUGGCUAGAAAACCAACGAAUCUUUUCGCUAUCUGCAUUAGGGAAGGAACACGAUCGAUUAUUGAAAACCCUUCACGGAUUCACUGAGGAUAUCAUACAAAAGAGACGAAAAAGCUUCAACUGUGUACACAAUAAUAACGAAAAAAAUGAAUCUGGAAUCAAAAACCGACUACCACUUCUCGAUUUGUUGCUUCAAGCUUCAGAUGACGGAAAAUUUUUAUCGGACCUCGACAUCCGGAAUGAAAUUGAUACUUUCAUGUUUGAGGGUCACGACACAGUCUCUUCUCUGAUGGGUUGGUUUUUGUACUGUAUGGCAAUUAAUCCAGAUUGCCAGGAAAAUGCAUGGAUUGAAUUAAGCGGUGUUUUUGAUAACUCGGAAAGAGAUUGUACCCAAGAGGACAUUCCCAAUUUAAAGUAUCUUGAAUGCUGUAUUAAGGAAACAUUACGAAUGUAUCCGAGCGUUCCCGCAUUUGAAAGAACCGUUCAAGAAGAUGUUCAAAUAGGUAAAUAUUUGAUACCUGCCGGAUGUACCUUAGGAUGUUUAACGUAAGCAACGCAUCGAAAUCCGGAAGUCUUUCCAGAUCCCUUGGUUUUUAAUCCAGAACGCUUUUUUGCGGAUGAGGCCAACGGCCGACAUCCGUAUGCGUACUUCCCGUUCAGUGCAGGACCUCGCAACUGUAUUGGACAAAGAUUUGCUCUUCUGGAAUUAAAAAUCAUCCUAUCGUCUCUUAUUCGUCGUUUCAAAUUUGAAUUUUCAUCCGACGCCGAACUACUUAUUCCCUCGCAUCAAAUAACUUUGAAAUCAUUAACUGGAAUUAAUU